AUGGCUGAUGGGAUCACAGAUUUGUCUGUUAAAGAACAACCUGAAAUUUGCAUAAGUUGCACUUGUUUUUCACAGACAUCUGCAAAUGUAGAAGUUGAAAUUUCUGAUGGUCACAUACGUGGUAGACAACUUCUAACUGAGAGAAAAACUCCAUAUUUUGCAUUCCAAGAUAUUCCAUAUGCGAAACCACCGGUUGGAGACUUGAGAUUCAAAGAACCUGUGAAACCUGAAAAAUGGGAAGGAGUUCUGAAUUCAACGGAAAACCGAAGGGUUUGCAUCCAAUUCAGUGACCCUUCUGAUCCGAGAGAAACCGAGGAUUGUUUGGUGCUGAAUGUUUAUACACCAGUGAAUUCAGAGAAAUUAGGAACGCAUGAAUUGGCAGUUUUGGUAUGGAUUCACGGAGGAAGCUUUCGUAGAUGGUUUGGUGCGAUGGAUUCUUUUGGACCAGAUUAUUUCAUUGACAAAAAUGUGAUCGUGGUAACACUCAACUAUAGAUUGGGUCCACUUGGAUUUUUAACAACUAAUGAUGGCGUUAUUCCGGCUAACAAUGGCCUAAAGGACCAGCAUUUAGCUCUGAAAUGGGUUAAUGAGAACAUAGAAGUGUUUGGCGGGGACCCAGCCAAAGUAACUAUAGCAGGUCAAAGUGCGGGAGCGGCAUCUGUAGGUUACCAUGUUAUGAGCAAAAAGUCUGCAGGGUUAUUCAGAGCAGCUAUUAUGCAGAGUGCCUGUCCUUUGACUUGUUGGUCCUUACAAAAAUAUCCGGAAGAUGCUGCAAAAUUGUUGGGAUCCAAUCUGAAGUGGAAUUCUAGGGUUUUAUCAAAAUUAUUAUCAGCAACGAAAAAUAUUUCGUCAGAUGAUCUGCUGAAAAAGUUACAGAGUGCUUCGAUCGCAGACCUCAAAAAAUAUUCAGAUAUCAAUUUACAGGUACCAUUGUCCAAGAAGAACUGUCAUGCCUUCACUUCUCUAACAUGGACUCCUGUGAUCGAAAAUGAAGAAGACGAGAAUGCUCUGGUAACUGGAAUGUCUCACGAAAAUAUCAAGGAAGGAAAUAUCAACAGAGUUCCUGUUCUGAUGGGAAUAAACUCUGAAGAAUCAUUAUUAUUCGGAGCGCAAAAUAUUCAACUACAGUGUUCAUUGUUCGAUCCAUCUUUGAAGUUGAUGAUUACUGGAAAUCUUCGCAUGGAAGAGGGAAAUAAACGACCAGCCGGUUAUUCCAUUAAAAACCUGUACACGAAAUCUUUGUUCUCAAUGGACAGAGCCGCAUCUGUGAACCUCAUUAGCGAUAUGGUAUUUGCUAUACCCACAGCCAGGCAUGCCCACCUACAGUCAAAUUAUACUGACGUGUACUUUUACAAAUUUUCUCAUUUAGGAAAGUUGGGGCGACUAGUUAAUGAAACAGUACCCGGUGCCGAAGGGGUGGCUCAUCAAGAAGAAAUUGAAUAUCUAUUUCGAAGUUCCAACAAUAGAGAUAUGAGUAAAUUUCCUGAAGAAGAUAGGAUCACACAUGAUCGUCUUGUAACCAUGUGGUCGCAAUUUGUAAAGCACUUGAAUCCAACGAAAGGAAAAAAUGAGCUACUUCAGAAUAUUGUGUGGCCGAAAGUUACACCACAAGAUUUUUUCUACUUGGAUAUUAAUACUACAUUGGCAGUUGCGAAAGACCUUAAAAACUUUAGACAAUAUGAAAAAAUUUAUUCAUCAUAUGCUGAAGAAAAAUUGUUUACAUACUGAAUAAUCAUAUCUCACAUUAUGAUAUGGCUUUCAAGUCAGGAUGAACAAUGUAUAAGAAAAUAAAUUCGAUGUUUGAAAACUUACA